AUGAACUCCUUUUUCUUGGCUAUGUCCCUCGCUGGAUUGACCAGCGCAUCGGACAUGGAGCAUAUUACCAAGCGUGGUGGUUCCGACUGGUACUUCUAUGAAGCCGUCAACGAUGACUUGGCGCGCUACACAAUUUUGGCCCUGGGCCUUGCUGCCGCUGCCUAUUACAUCUGGCAGAUCGCGUUCCGUUUCUCACAUCACCUCCGACGCCUUGCUAGUUUCAGCGAUGACCGACAACGAUACUUUGUAUCGACAUCUGAUACUUUCGCAUGGAUCAAGGAACAUAUCAUCUACGCGGCUCUCUUCCGCUCCAGACACAACCAGGAAAUGCAACUCUCGUCUGCUAUCAACAUGGGCACUUUGCCCAGCCGAUUCCAUGCGUUCCUUGUGAUCGGUGUUAUCGCUAUGAAUGUCACUCUGUGCUGUGUGACCACUCCCUACGGAGGAGAGGAGAGCUCAGUGGCUGGUAUCGUUCGCAAUCGCACUGGUACCAUGGCGACUAUCAACCUGAUCCCUCUCAUUAUCAUGUCCGGCCGUAACAACCCUCUGAUCGCAAUGCUUCAUGUUCCUUUCGAUACAUGGAACUUGCUUCACCGAUGGCUGGGACGCAUCGUUGUUCUGGAGGCUCUUGCCCAUGUGUUCGCAUGGGCUAUUCCCAAGGGCAACGAAAAGGGCUGGGAUAUCGUCGGCAAGGCUAUCUUCGGAAGCAACUUCCUCUUGACCGGAUUUGUGGCUGCCGUCGCUUUCACCGCAUUGCUGCUUCACUCGCCUUCCCCUGUCCGCCAUGCCUUCUACGAGACCUUCUUGCACCUUCACAUCGCAAUUGCAGCAGUAUGCAUGGGCUUCCUCUGGGUCCACCUUAAUGGAUAUGCUGCGCAGACUUACCUGCUCGCGACUAUCAUCCUAUGGGCCCUCGAGCGUGCUACUCGAUUGAUCAUCAUCGUCUACCGCAACUGUGGUCGCGAGUCUACCACCGCGUUUGUUGAGGCGAUGCACGGUGAUUGCAUGCGUAUCACCCUGCGCAUGGCUCGCCCCUGGACUUUCCGCCCCGGCCAGCACAUCUAUCUCUAUAUCCCUUCCGUGGGAUGGACUACCUCGCACCCCUUCUCUGUCGGCUGGAGCGAAACACAAGACAGCAUGUCAGACGAGAAGUCCUUGCCACUAAACAGUCAAGAUUUGAUGAACGCACCGCAAAAGGAAACAAUCUCACUCUUGGUGCGUCGCCGCACCGGUAUGACCGACAAGCUCUUCCAGCGCGCCGUAAACGCCCCUGACUCUAAGAUUACCCUCCGAGCCUUCGCCGAGGGCCCGUACGGAAACAUCCACACAAUGGACUCAUACGGCAGUGUCAUGCUCUUUGCUGGAGGUGUCGGUAUCACUCACCACGUUCCUUUUGUCCGCCAUCUGGUUGACGGUUUCGCGAAUGGCACUGUCGCUGCCCGUCGCGUUACCCUUGUUUGGAUCAUCCAGUCCCCGGAACACCUGGAGUGGAUCCGACCCUGGAUGACCAGCAUCUUGGCCAUGGACCGCCGCCGCGAAGUGCUCCGCAUCAUGCUCUUCAUCACACGACCCCGCAAUACAAAGGAGAUCCAGAGCCCAUCUGCAACUGUGCAGAUGUUCCCUGGCCGCCCGAACAUCGAUACACUCGUCGGAAUGGAAGUCGAGAACCAAAUUGGUGCCAUGGGUGUAUUGGUCUGCGGCAAUGGCGGUUUGAGUGAUGAUGUUCGCCGCGUUUGCAGGAGGAGACAGGCUCAUUCCAAUGUUGAUUUCGUGGAGGAGAGUUUCUCCUGGUAA